GCGGAGCCGGGAGCUGGCAGUCAGAACCGACAGCAUGGCCAGAGCCAAGAUGAAGAAUUCCCCAUCGGAGAUCAGCUCCGGAUCCAAAAUUGUUCCGCCAAUAACCAGGGAGGAUCUCAACGGGGUCAGCCCGCUGCUACCGGCUCGGAUUAUGGGGUCCCUGACGAGUGAUGCCGGGCAAAGGAAUCAUACAGAAGAAUUCAGCCUGGAUCGCUCAUACUCACAGGUGCAAGUGGAAUUCUACGUGAACGAGAAUACCUUCAAAGAGCGGCUCAAACUGUUUUUCAUCAAAAACCAAAGAUCAAGCCUCAGAAUACGUGUCUUCAAUUUUUCCCUCAAAUUGUUGUCCUGUUUCUUAUAUAUUGUCCGGGUUUUGCUGGAUGAUCUGAGGCAAGAUGAGUGCUGCCCAAAGCAGAACGUCACUGUUCAUAAACACCAGGAAAUCCGCUGGGACGCCAUCUUGUGGGUGGAGAGAGCAACCCCUUUAUGGGUGAUACAGGUUAUCGUUGCCGCUAUCAGUUUCUCGGAGACAAUGCUGCUCAUCUAUCUCAGCUAUAAGGGCAACAUCUGGGAACAGAUCUUUCGCAUCUCAUUCAUUUUGGAGAUGAUCAACACGGUUCCGUUCAUCAUCACGAUAUUUUGGCCUCCGUUGAGAAACUUAUUCAUUCCCGUUUUCCUGAACUGUUGGCUGGCGAAAUGUGUUCUGGAGAACAUGAUUAACGACCUACACCGAGCUAUCCAGAGGAUACAGUCGGCCAUGUUUAAUCAGGUGAUCAUUCUGAUCUGCACCCUUCUGUGCCUUGUGUUCACAGGCAUGUGCGGCAUCCAACAUCUGGAGAGGGCAGGGGACAACCUCUCGCUCUUCAAAUCUUUUUACUUUUGCAUUGUCACCUUUUCCACGGUGGGUUAUGGAGACGUUACGCCCCAAAUCUGGCCUUCCCAGCUCCUUGUGGUGAUCAUGAUAUGCGUGGCGCUUGUGGUGUUACCUCUGCAGUUUGAGGAGCUGGUGUAUCUGUGGAUGGAGCGGCAGAAAUCGGGAGGAAAUUACAGCCGUCACCGGGCCCAGACGGAGAAGCACGUGGUCCUUUGCGUCAGUUCCCUGAAGAUCGACCUGCUGAUGGAUUUCCUCAAUGAAUUCUACGCCCACCCUCGACUGCAGGAUUACUAUGUAGUGAUACUUUGCCCAACAGAAAUGGAUAUUCAAGUUCGGCGGGUCCUUCAGAUUCCAUUGUGGUCUCAGCGAGUUAUCUAUCUCCAAGGCUCGGCCUUAAAAGAUCAAGACCUUAUGAGAGCAAAAAUGGAUGACGCUGAAGCCUGCUUCAUCCUCAGCAGUCGCAAUGAGGUGGACCGGACAGCAGCGGACCAUCAAACCAUCUUGAGAGCUUGGGCAGUCAAAGAUUUUGCCCCUAACUGUCCACUGUACGUGCAGAUUCUGAAGCCGGAGAAUAAGUUCCAUGUAAAGUUUGCAGAUCACGUGGUUUGCGAGGAGGAGUUUAAGUACGCAAUGCUGGCUCUGAAUUGUGUAUGCCCGGCCACUAGCACUUUAAUCACGCUGUUGGUUCAUACCUCCAGGGGGCAGGAAGGCCAGCAGUCCCCGGAGCAAUGGCAAAGGAUGUACGGGCGCUGCUCUGGAAAUGAAGUCUAUCACAUUCGCCUGGGGGACAGCAAGUUCUUCAUGGAGUACGAGGGGAAGAGCUUCACCUAUGCCGCGUUCCAUGCCCACAAGAAGUACGGCGUCUGCUUGAUAGGAGUCAAGCGAGAAGACAACAAGAGCAUUCUUCUGAAUCCCGGGCCAAGGCACAUCAUGGCCGCCAGCGACACCUGCUUCUACAUUAACAUCACCAAGGAGGAGAACUCCGCCUUCAUCUUCAAGCAGGAAGAGAAGCAGAAGCGGAAAGGAAGAGGCUUGUACGACGGGCCCUCGAGGCUGCCGGUGCAUAGUAUCAUCGCCAGCAUGGGCACCGUGGCCAUGGACCUUCAGAACACAGAAUGCCGGCCAAUAAACAGCAGCAAGCUGGCUCUUCCGUCGGAGAACGGCACGGGCACCCGGAGGCCCAGUAUCGCCCCGGUUCUGGAGAUCGCAGACACUAGCACCGUGUUACCGUGUGACCUGCUGAGCGACCAAUCAGAGGAUGAGCUCACCCAGUCCGACGAUGAAAGUUUCCCAAUAUUAGAAUACGUGAAAGGCUACCCUCCGAAUUCCCCCUACAUUGGGAGCUCUCCUACCCUCUGCCACCUUCUGCCUUCUAAAGCUGCUUUCUGCUGCCUGCGGCUGGAUAAGGGCUGCAAGCACAACAGCUUUGAAGAUGCCAAGGCCUACGGCUUUAAGAACAAGCUGAUUAUCGUCUCAGCAGAGACGGCAGGGAAUGGGCUGUAUAAUUUCAUUGUGCCUCUGCGGGCCUAUUACAGAUCCCGGAAAGAGUUGAACCCCAUCGUUCUGCUCUUGGACAACCCACCCGAUAACCACUUCCUAGAGGCCAUCUGUUGCUUCCCCAUGGUUUACUUCAUGGUCGGCACCAUAGACAACUUGGAUAACUUACUGCAGUGCGGGAUCAUUUACGCGGACAACCUGGUGGUGGUGGAUAAAGAAAGCACAAUGAGCGCCGAGGAGGAUUACAUGGCCGAUGCGAAGACAAUCGUGAACGUACAAACUAUGUUCAGGCUAUUCCCAAGUCUCAGUAUCACCACAGAGCUAACGCACCCUUCCAACAUGCGCUUCAUGCAGUUCCGGGCAAAGGACUCGUACUCUCUGGCCUUAUCCAAGCUGGAAAAGAAAGAACGGGAAAACGGAUCCAAUUUGGCUUUUAUGUUUAGACUCCCUUUUGCUGCUGGAAGAGUUUUUAGUAUCAGUAUGUUGGAUACUUUAUUAUAUCAGUCGUUCGUGAAGGAUUACAUGAUCACAAUCACAAGGCUUCUGCUUGGUCUGGACACCACACCAGGAUCUGGUUACUUAUGUGCUAUGAAAAUCACAGAGGAUGACCUGUGGAUUCGAACCUACGGCAGAUUGUUUCAGAAACUCUGCUCAUCCAGUGCGGAAAUUCCAGUUGGGAUUUACAGGACACAGUCACAUACAUUUCCCACAUCGGAGCCUCAUGACAUUAGAACACAGUCCCAGAUCUCCAUCAACGUAGAGGACUGCGAGGACACGAAAGACGUCAAAGAAUACUGGUCUGGCAAAAACACCCAGAGGAACUCCACAUCCAGCGACCAAUCAGAACACCCGUUGUUGAGAAGGAAAAGCAUGCAGUGGGCCCGGCGGCUUAGCAGGAAAGGGAACAAGCAAGCCAAUAAGACCGCCGAGUGGAUAAGUCAGCAGCGGUUGAACUUGUACAGGAGAUCAGAGCGGCAGGAACUCUCUGAACUGGUCAAGAACAGAAUGAAGCACCUUGGCUUACCCACCAUGGGGUAUGAGGAUGUAGCAAAUGUAACUGCCAGUGAUGUGAUGAAUCGGGUAAACCUUGGAUAUUUGCAAGAUGAAAUGAACGACCAUCAGAACACGUUGUCGUACGUCCUCAUUAAUCCGCCCCCCGACACCCGCCUGGAACUCAACGAUAUUGUAUACUUGAUCAGAUCGGACCCCCUCGCCCAUGUCGCCAACGAAUCCCACAGCCGGAAAAGCAGCAACAGCUACAAGACGGACCCAGUGGGCAAUCCAGAAACAAGGGACGAGACACAGCUAUGAGAAUAAAAUGAGACUGCUCGAAACUGUGCCUACAAAGCCACUCAACGUCCAUACUGUAUUUAUUACAAGCCACAACAGACUCUCCUUCUCCUGUGCCAGAGGCUGGCUGUGAGUUCUAGGUAUGGAGUAGGAAGGAGAAGGUCCUGCAUUAUUUCACUUAUCCACUGCCAACUUCUAAGCAGUCUCUGUUGGUGGACUGUAUGGUCUUAUCCACCAAGGUACGUCCAAUGAGCUCCACCGAAGAGUAGAGUUAUCCAACGAACAAACAGAAAGCUCUCCAACUGCAUAACGAGCCCUGUUUUGUGUCGAGAACCGGUUCUCCAUCGUGUUUACACUGACUCCUGGCUUAUUAAGACAGAACCCAACGCAGAAGCUGAGGACUAGAUGCACUGAUUAUAGCCUUAAAUCUCCCCCCAAAUCAUAUCUGGCUCUCCAUGUAGUCACAGAGAGCUUGAGAAGAAGGCACUUAGACUCUUUAUACCACGUGACCCUCCUGGCCCUAUGGGCUGUUACAUAUCAUACAGGCAGGAACCAUCUGUAGUAUAAAAAUACUACACAUAUAAUUCUAGAUCAGUAGAUGCCCUAGAAUGUAUGGAAGGUACACCUAGAUUUGAGGGGAAAAACGUCAUAUAUAUAUAUCCACCAUGUUUCUAUAUGAAUAUCAAUGGAGGUAGAACAUAUCCAGUCAUAAGUAACCUCAUCCACCCCUUAUUCAUAUCAUAUGAGAAGCUCUGGGUAUCCGUGGAACCAUUAUUCUUUAAUUUAUCAGUAUUUUUAUCUUCAUUGAGUGCCAUAUCAGUAUUACUAGGCCAAAGCCAAAUAGUACAUUUCUUUUGUUCCUCAAUAAACUUUUUUUUUGUUCUCUAUUUUACACCCCACCCAUUGGAUUUAGCAGUGGACUGGUCUGGGCAAUGUAAUAUUCCAUAUCGAUCCAGACUGAAAGGUAGGGAAAGGUGCUUGGAGUAUGAGAAACUCAUUGGUCGAUGGAAAGAAGACCGUAUGUCAUGAAGGGUGGUCGUGGCUAUUCAUAGGCAUAAUGAAAACUUGGACUUCUUCCCAUUAUUGGGUAUGGGAACUGAGCAAAGUGGCCCAAAGUGGCAAUGAAAAUGUCCCAAAAUGUCUUAAUUAGUAUGUUCUAGAUAUUUUCCAUUGAUGGUGCCUGACGUUGUCCCAGGACCACCAGUCGGUGUGUUCUAGAUAUUUCCCAUUGAUGGCUACUGAAAUUGUCCCCGGACCACCAAUCGGCAUGUUCUAAAUAUUUCCAAUUGAUGGUGCCUGACAUUGUCCCAGGACCACCAAUUGGCAUGUUAUAGAUAUUUCCCAUUGAUGGUGCCUGGAAAUGUCCCAGUACCACCAAAACAGCAAGUUCUAGAUAUUUCCCCACUGAUGGCUCCUGAAAUUGUCCAAGUACCAACAAUUGGAAUGUUCUAGAUCAGUUAUCCCCAACCAGUGGCUCAGGAGCAACACGUUGCUCUCGGUGGCCUCAAAGUAGGUGCUUAUUUUUGAAUUCCUGAUUUGGAGUCAAGUUUUGGAGGAAUAAAGACCAUGUGUAGUGCCAAACAAAGCCUCCUGUAGGCUGCCAGUCCUCAUAGGGGCUAGCCAAUAUCCAAUCACAGCCCUUAUUUGGCACCCACUAGGAACUUUUUUCAUGCUUACAUUGCCCCCCAAUUUUUUUAUAUUUAAAUGUUACUCAUGGAUAAAAAAAAAAAGUUGGGGAUCCCUGUUCUAGAUAUUUCCCUCUUGGUGGCAGCGGAACUUGUCCCAGUACAAGUUGUAGAUGUUCUAGAUCAGUGAUCCCCAACUAGAUGCUCAGGAGCAACAUGAUUGAACUGAUUGGUAGGAAAGAUCAAGUUGUUGUCGAUCUCAGUUAGCAGCAGUAGAAGGUGCCUCGAGUAGCACCCCCAAUCUGUAUGGUGGGUGGGUGGCUCAUUGGGUGGCCCUUGUAGAGUGCAGUACCAGGAUGGCUGUGAUUGUGGUCCUCAGUCCUCCUAUACAUCUAGCCCCUUCUGUAAGAAUAAUAUGGUGCUCUACAGAGCCGGGUCAAGUAUUAUUGGCCAAUACUACUCGGCCCAGCGACCUGUUUGUAUGUGUCCUCAACUACAUGCUUGCCAACCACCCUUCCCCGGCACUAAGUCCUCAACGAUGACCUUCCUUACCCACUAAAGGGCCUUCCACCCCACCCCCAUACUGUACUGUCUAAGGGAAACACUAUGGCACCUCCCUCCCAUAUGUAUAAAUACAAAUAUACAGAGAAGGAAUGCUCUGGGCACACAAUAAGCUGUACCCCCAUACUGUACUGUCUAAGGGAAACACUAUGGCACCCCCUACCCAUAUGUAUAAAUACAAAUAUACAGAGAAGGAAUGUUCUGGGCACACAAUAAGCUGUACCCCCAUACUGUACUGUCUAAGGGAAACACUAUGGCACCUCCCUCCCAUAUGUAUAAAUACAAAUAUACAGAGAAGGAAUGCUCUGGGCACACAAUAAGCUGUACCCCCAUACUGUACUGUCUAAGGGAAACACUAUGGCACCUCCUACCCAUAUGUAUAAAUACAAAUAUACAGAGAAGGAAUGUUCUGGGCACACAAUAAGCUGUACCCCCAUACUGUACUGUCUAAGGGAAACACUAUGGCACCCCCUACCCAUAUGUAUAAAUACAAAUAUACAGAGAAGGAAUGUUCUGGGCACACAAUAAGCUGUACCCCCAUACUGUACUGUCUAAGGGAAACACUAUGGCACCCCCUACCCAUAUGUAUAAAUACAAAUAUACAGAGAGGGAAUGUUCUGGGCACACAAUAAGCUGUACCCCCAUACUGUACUGUCUAAGGGAAACACUAUGGCACCCCCUACCCAUAUGUAUAAAUACAAAUAUACAGAGAAGGAAUGUUCUGGGCACACAAUAAGCUGUACCCCCAUACUGUACUGUCUAAGGGAAACACUAUGGCACCUCCUACCCAUAUGUAUAAAUACAAAUAUACAGAGAAGGAAUGCUCUGGGCACACAAUAAGCUGUACUGCUAAAAUUCCAUUCACUUUUCUGUACAAAUUUGAUUUAUCCAGUCAACACAAAGCGGCCAUAUUGUUUUCACAACUUCCAUAUUGGGAUUGAAUAAGGCAUGUUCCCCCUCCCCCCUUCCCUCGUAAUCUAUAAUAUCUAUUCCUGAUUGUCCAACCCGUUAGUGAAGAGCACAACAAUUGUACUUUAUAUUCUAUGAGUAGAUGAUGAAGGGGAUAUUGCAUGAGAAUAAAACAUUAUUAUAGGGGGGCACGUUUCCAUACAUUUGGAGUGGGACCACUCAGCCCAGACAAGUAGCAGCUCCCACUCAUACUCAUACUGUGGGGUAUGAAGGCAGAGAAGCAAAGUCCUGUGUAUAUAAUAACUAUUUCUAAAGAAGGUAUAUUUUAUAUAUUAUUUUCUAUAACCUGACCCCUCCCCCCAACAUUCAUAUUUAUUAACAUUCUAGUGUCUACUUUUCCCUUGGAAGAGACCAUAUUGAAACGGUUGGUAUUGAACGUGCCCACAAAAAGUUGGAGGUGUGGCCUGACCACGUAUGGAACUGUAUAAAUGAGUGGGUUGGUCUGACCUGUUGUCUCUGUUCCAAUGGGGUAGACAAAAGAACCAAAACCUAGAUCAAGAUCAGAGAUAUUGAGCAGCUCCAAAAAGUCCCAUUGGGUCAAGAUCUCUUUGACCAGAUGAGGUACUCUCCCAACGCGUUCAUUUUUAUGAUGAGAUUGAUCGGCUCUCCCAUCAGCAUGGCCAAACUGGGCAAAGAUCUGCUGCUUUGGUGACCUCACCAUAAGUGGAUCAUUCCAUGCCUACAAGAGUAGGACUUGGUCUACAAUCCCAGUUGACUUUGUCAUUGUCUCCUGAAACAGAAUUUGCCCUCCCAUAUCAAAGAUCUGAUCUACUGUCUCUGUUCAAUGGGGCAGACAAAAGAACUAAAGCCUAGAAGAAUAAUAGACCAAGAUCAGAGAUAUUCGGCAGUUCCAAGAAGUCCCAUUGGGUCAAGAUCUCUUUGACCGGAUGAGGUACUCUCCCAACGCGUUCCUCUUUAUGAUGAGCUUGAUCGGCUCUCCCAUCUGCAUGGCCAAACUGGGCCGUGAGUGGAUCAUUACAUGUCUACAAGAGUAGGACUUGGUCUACAAUCCCAGUUGACUUUGUUAUUGUCUCCUAAAACAGAAUUUGCCCUCCCAUAUCAAAGAUGUUUAUACAAAGAACACAAAGAGGUCCUAUUUAGAUGAUCACCGCCCCCUUCCAUAUGCUUUCUUUUACAGGGUAAAGUAAUCUUGUUGGGCAAGAUCAUGUUAUGCUUGGAACCUCAAUAUUAUGAUCUGCAUGACCUGCUCUUGAAUCUCAUAUAAUGCAUUUAGACCAGGAAAGUGCAACCUGCAGAAGGUCUUCGAUUCAACCGGCUUUGGUCAGCUGACUACGGGAAUGAUCUCCUCUGUACCGUUGCACUUGCCUUCAUUGGCUUCUACUGGCCUUCAUUGGCUUCUAUUGGCUUCUACUAGCCUCCAUUGGCUUCUACUGGCCUCCAUUGGCUUCUACUGGCCUUCAUUGGCUUCUACUGGCCUCCAUUGGCUACUACUGAUCAAACGUGCAAUCAGAAAUGUUCACUUGGACCAAGAGUUGCUUCCACACCUGGAAGUUGGGUCCAACAUCAUCAGAAGUCAACUGCCACCCACCGUACCAAUAGUGUAACCAUCAUCAUCUCAGGUUGGACCUUCUUGAUGUAGAAACGUAGAUAUCCAAAAGGACCUUUGACAUAGGCUAGCAUUUGACAACAUGGCCGCCUUUUGUAUAUCUGUAACGACAACUCUUUUGUAACCAACCGGACCAGUGUGUGUGUAUAGCCAACAUUUAUUAACCCCGCCCCUUCCCUAAUAGAGUCGCGGUGUCGCGCUGUAAGCUCCUGGGACAGACGUGUAUCCAGAAGAUUCCACAAUAAAGCGCAUGUAUUUUUUAUGCCUUGCAGACCCCCCUUUUACUAUGAUGGGAUUUUCUGAGUGCAGGAUUGACAUGAACUGUAGGGGGGGUGAUAAAAGUUUUGUACAGUUUUAUUUUUCGAAAUCCUUGUAUAAAAUAAAGACUUGGAAUUGUAUGUAUGAGAUGAACAUUAAAAAGCUGCAUGCAGCCGUA